AUGGCAAGUACUGGUUUAUUAGUUUUAACAAAUCCUACAAAGAUGAUAAAAUUAUUACCGAUUAUUAAAAAACAUGUGUUAAAGACAUUGUAUAUCCAGUAUUUUCCAGAAAAGAACAUUUUUCUUUCUGGUAAUCAUACGAUUUCAAAUCCUCAAUGGAAAACAUCUCGUUAUAUUCAAACUAUUUCGAAUAUUUACGUGGAUACAUCUUCUAUAUCCUCAUGUCUUGAUAUUCGGGUAUUACUUACAAGUAGGAAAAAUUUUAAUUUAUCAAUAAUAAAUACUAAGAAGCCUGUGGAAGUAGUUAUUUUUGAUCAAAUUUGUAGCAAGAAAGAAGCUGAUACUUUUAUACAAGAUUACUUAACUAAUACCUCUAUGGGCUGUAAUUUUGUUAUUUUUCAUGAUGAUCAGAAAAUGGAAAAAAUAAAUAAUGUAAUAUCUUAUGUUAAUGAAAAUAAGACUUACAAGAAUGUAGUACUUGGUGGCACAUUUGAUCGAAUACAUAAUGGUCAUAAAAUAUUUUUAAGUGAAGCUAUAAUACGUUGCACAGAAAAAUUAACAGUUGGUGUAACUGAUACAAAUAUGUUGUCUGGAAAAUUAUUAGGGGAACUCAUAGAGCCUUGUUCUACAAGAAUACUAAAAUUGAAAGAAUUUUUGGAAGAUGUGGAUUCAACUUUAACAUAUAAUGUUGUGCCAAUAAAUGAUAUGUAUGGUCCAACCAAAUAUGAUCCAACAAUGGAAUUGAUAGUAGUUAGUGAAGAAACAAAACGUGGAGCAGACAAAGUCAAUGAAUUGCGUGCAAAAAAUAAUUUAAAUAAAUUAGAUAUUCAUGUUACAAAAUUAAUAAAUGAUGAGAAUCAUAGAAAACAUGAAGAAACUAAAAUCAGUUCUAGUAAUCAAAGAAUACGAUUAUUGGGUACAAAACUUCAAGCUCCUAGAAUAGGAGAUAAACCAUUAAAACCUUAUAUUAUUGGUUUGACUGGUGGCAUAGCAAGUGGAAAAUCAUCAGUAGCUGAUAAAUUAAAAAAGUUAGGUGCAGGUCUUGUAAAUUGUGAUAAAAUAGCACAUGAUUUAUAUUUACCUGGUAGGAAGUGUUUUGAUGCAAUACUUGAAAUUUUUGGUCCCACUAUACUGAAAUCUGAUGGAUUUAUUGAUAGAAAAGCACUUGGAUAUAUAGUAUUUAAUAAUAAAACACAAUUAGAUAAAUUAAAUAAAAUCGUUUGGCCCAUAAUUUUAGAAGAAGCAAAGAAACAAGUAAAUGAUUUUUAUGCAAAAGGAUUUGAUAUAAUUGUGAUGGAAGCUGCUGUUUUAAUUCAAGCUAAUUGGCAACAUGAGUGUCAUGAAAUAUGGACCUGCAUCAUUCCACCAGAAGAGGCUAUAAGGAGGGUGAAAGAGAGAAAUGGAUUGACUGAAGCUGAUGCAAAAUUAAGAAUCCAAGCACAACCAAGCAAUCUAGAACAAGUUAAUGAAGCUAAUGUUGUACUGUGUACUUUAUGGAGUCAUGAUGUUACUGAAGAACAAGUGCAAACGGCAUGGGAUGAGUUAAUAACAUUUUUAUCUAAUCAAGCAAAAAGUUAA